AUGAACUUCGUCAUCGAUCUGAAUAACAAGACAGCCGGCCGCGACAGAGUAGCGAGGUUUGUACAAUAUGGUUCAAAAACAGCAUGGCAUUACAUGGAAAAAAAUGACUUUGACAACGAAUCAAUUAAAAAAUUCAAACAACUCGAACAGUCCUUGGCAGCUUUUCGUAAAGUAUUAAGAUUUGGCCGCUUUGUUGAUUCAUUGCAUACUGCAUUGCGGACAGUUAAUCAUUCAGAUAAAACUAUUAGGUAUUGUGUGACAUUUUCAAAGAUAGCUCAUUCUUUGUAUUUGUUUUGCGACCAUUGCUUAUGGUUGAAUAGAAAUAACUUUUUACAAAUAAAUGCACCAAGAUGGGGUCAAGCAGGCAAUAGAUAUUGGCUACUAUCUAUAAUAAUGAAUCUUGUCAGAGAUGUUGUGGAGUUGAACAAUUUAUUUAAAGCAAUCCUGAAAAAAAAAAUUCUAAACACUUUGAAUAGAAAAGUAGCUCCUAAGGACGUCUUUACUGGUGAAGCAGUCCAAUUUGUUCGUAGUCAUAAAGACUUGUUACUUGAUACUGUAAAAAAUAGCUGUGAUUUAAUGUUACCAUUGUCAAAUUUAGGAUUUGUUAGGUUAAGUCCAGGUACGAUAGGUGUAGUUGGUAUGAUAUCAUCAGUGCUCAGUUUGUACACUCUGGUGGACCAGAAAGCCAAGUUACCUUAUACGUGA